UUUAAUGGGGUGCAUUAAAUUCUGCUCCUGCAGCGGGCGUUAAAGCCGCCUCAUCACUUGGCACGGAGGGGAGCACUGGCUCAGGAGCAGGAAAGGCAGCUGCUAAGAGAUUUCCAUCUCAGCAGUCUCUUAUGCCAGUAGGGUUGUGAUUUGGGAAUAUAACAAGGCUUUGGGGACUCAAGUUAAUAAAUAACUGGUGUAUUCCCUUUCCUUCUCUCUGUGCCUAGCCCCAGUGCCAUCUCAACCCAAGCAAUUAUCGGUCCCUGGACUGAUGGAUUUGACAUAAAUUCAUACAUUCUUUAAGCACAAAGCCUUCACAACAAAUUUUGCUUUUAAGAGACUGUUGAAUGGAGAAAAGGUCACUUGGCUGGUUGAGUGUCUGCGCUCGCAUGCUGGCAGUAAGUGCUGUGUUUGCAGUGCUGGAUUUGAUCCCGUGGUUGGAGGGAACCAGGUGCAGGGUUUGUAUUUUGGUUCACGUUUUUUCUGCCAGGGAGGACAAAAGGGUAGCUUGGAAUUAUCUCCAUGAAUUCACACUUCCUUGCAGUCCUUUAAGCCUCUCUUCAGCUUCCAUUGCAGUUCCUCUGUCCUCAUCCCAUUCCGUAGGUAUGCAAGAUGGAGUUUAGCGAUGAUGCCAUAGCAACUAUAUCACAAUACAGAAAUUGUAAUGGUUUAAAUCUUCAAACUUGCAUAACAAAGUUAAUAGGAGCCUAUCAGAAAUGUACAUGCCACUAUGCAUUUAGAAGUGGUUUUAAUUUUAGCUUUGAAUUUGCAAGCCAAUAGGCUCUUCUCAGGAAUUCCAGAGCUGCCCUCAGGGAGUGGGAACACAAUUGUCCAUGUGCUCUGCACCAGAAAACACAUGGCUGGCAGGGGACAAAGCCUGCUGUGUCCCCGUGAGCCCACUCCCCUGAGCCUUGGUGUGCGGCUGGAAAUGGCAUCCCAAAACGUUUGUGUUUGUCUGGAUGAAUCCAUCAUCUUCCUCCUUCGCCAUGAAGUAGUGCAGAGUCAGCAGAGGAAGAAGGGGCAGGAAGGGCUGUUCUGUGUCCUUGGGCUUGUCCCCCUCCACGAGGGAGAGUCUGAUUCGCGCUGGGUGCUGCAGUUGGACAGAUUCCUUUCCACAGAGCGGUGCUGGCCGUGGAUUUGCUCUUUCCCAGCCCGCGACUCCACCUUGCCCACGGUUCUAGCUCCGGGUGAGGCAGCUCUGGAGCUGGUGAGCAGCGGGCGGGGCAGGCUGAGCUGGCAGGGUGGCAGGGUGCCGGUGCUGUGGCCCACAGCCCGUUCCAGCUGCGGCACCCAGCCCGUUCCAGCUGCGGCACCCAGGCCGUUCCAGCUGCGGCACCCAGCCCGUUCCAGCUGCGGCACCCAGGCCGUUCCAGCUGCGGCACCCAGGCCGUUCCAGCUGUGGCACCCGGCCCGUUCCAGCUGCGGCACCCGGCCCGUUCCAGCUGUGGCACCCGGCCCGUUCCAGCUGCGGCACCCAGCCCGUUCCAGCUGCGGCACCCAGGCCGUUCCAGCUGCGGCACCCAGGCCGUUCCAGCUGUGGCACCCGGCCCGUUCCAGCUGUGGCACCCAGGCCGUUCCAGCUGUGGCAACCAGGCCGUUCCAGCUGUGGCACCCGGCCCGUUCCAGCUGUGGCACCCAGGCCGUUCCAGCUGUGGCUGCGGUGGCGGAGCCCCGGCUCCCGGGGGACAGCGCAGCCAUGGCCGGCGCUGCAGCCGCGCACUCUGCCCGGCGCCGCGGAGUCGAUUAGCGCAGCACUGACAUUUUGUUAUCCUGAGAGACAGAAGCUGGAAGUGUUCUUGAGAGUGCAACCUCCAGCACCGGGCGGCUGACACCCUGGUGGCACCUCUGCCCUCCGCAGCUCCGCUCUGUGAGUCUGUGCUAGCACAGCGUCCUCGGGCAGAUGUCCCUGCCCUUCCAGCCCCUGCCAGGUGCAGGAGCUGCACCGCUGCCAUGCGAGGAGAGGGGAUGGCCGGGCCACUGAGGGCUGCAGACCCCAGCCCGGGUUUGGGCUGCUGGGUGUCCGUGCAUGGAAGGAGCGGCCGCGGCCGUGCCCUGGGGCUCUCCCUGCCCUGUGCACGUGGGGGUGACAGCCGUGGGCAUUGCCUGCUAUGGGCACAGUGUCCCUGUCCCUGCUGCGUGGGGACAGGUGGUGUCUUCACUGGUGCUGCUCUGGCACUGUCACAGGUUAUGUCCUGCUUGCCAGCAGAAAAAGUGGAUGUCUGGUUAUUCUUGGAGAAGGCAACAUGUAGGUUUUGUAGGAUAAUGCUAAAAUACUUGCACUGUGUUAAAAAAAUUAAUACACUUGUAUUGCUACUGGAAUUGGAGCCUGAUUAGGAUUGUUCCACUACUGUAGUUUUAGCUUUUAAUUACUUACUACAUUACACAGUAUCUACCAGUGCUAAUAGAGUACAGAACUGUCAUAGCUUUUGUUUUAAAGUACAGGACUGUGUGGUGCUUAAUUGUGGAACAGUGUUGUUCAAUUACAUCUGAAAGUGUUUAAUAAAGUAUGGCACAGAAAGGCAGAUCGGAGUGGCAUGUGUUAAUUGGUGUCCGCGCCAUUGACUCCAUUUGGUUACGGCGAUCCCUGCGACAUGAGGACCGAGUGGCAGGGUGCCCACAUGGAGUCUCCAGCCCCAGCUCUCAUCCCUACCACUGGCACAUGCCUAUGCUCUCCCACGUUUGCACAGAUUUUCACACCAGGCACACACAUGGUGUUGCUAUGAGACAUUGGUGGUUGUAUCCCUGCCCUGCUCCAGGGCUGCUGCUCCCCAUUCUUGGCUGUCAGAGUUCUGUGGCCAUGGCACAGGGAGCUCUGGACAUGACCCAGAGAGCUGGUCCCUUUCUUCAAGAACAGCUCAGGACCCCCGAGCAAGUCUCCUGCUGCCCACCAUUGCUUUUAUGCUUUUGUCCCCCACCCGAGGGGCUGGGGCACUGGUGGCUGAGCCGGCUCCCCCAGAGUGGGCUCUGCUGUCCAGAGCCAACUCCCAGAUGCAAACAAAGUGGUACUAACAGUUAUUUCCUGAGUGGUGGUAUAUUUUAUAUCAAUGUUCUACUUUUCACCUGAUUUCACUGAAAUAUUCUCUGAAAGUAUUUCUUCUGGAAUAAACAUUUCAGCACAUCAGGUUUGUUCCAUAAGGGUUGAUUGUCAAAUUACAGCCUUUCUUCCUGCGAGUGCUGUGCUUUGGUAUGGGAUCAAAUUGCAUUAGGUAUUUUUUCCUCCAGUAGAAACACAGAAUAAUAGUGAUAUCUUUGUUGUAUCAUAUUUCUGAAUGAAAAAUAAUCACAAACAGAUUUUCAUGCGGUGUUGCUGCAGAGCAGGAAUGCUUUUCCUGCCAGCCAGCCUCUUGAGGUGGUGCUGGGCUGGCCCAGGGUGUUUGGCUGGUGUCCCCUGCACAAUUCCGUGUCCCUCGACAUGCUCACCACACACACUUGCUACAUUUUCUUGCCUGUGGUCCUCGAAGCCACCUAGCAUGCAGGUCAUGUGCCCUUAAUUUUCAUUAUGAAUGGAGAGUAAAACGUGAAGGUUAUUGCCUGGCAGUACAAAUGCACUGGGUUUUUUUAUUUAGAAGCUCUAUUAGAAGUGUCAGGAGUCCCAUAACAAAGCCAGGCAAAUAUCCGCAGAGACACCUUGUUGAGAAAGGCAACUUGGUUCUAAAAGGUUUGAAUAUGAAUGUGGUUGUUUCUAAUCAAGCAGUCCUUGAAAAGAAUUCCCCACUAGUAGUUACCUCUUUCUUUUUUUUAACCUUUUUCCUUGUAAUCUGUCUGUUUCUCUCCUCAGGAAAUGCUCCUCCUGCCAGCCUGCAAUGGGCGGGAGGGAGGCACAGCCAGGAGGGGAGAGUGGGGCCGGGGGAAACCCCACAUCUAAAUAUCUCCACAUGCACAAGUGUAGCUCAGGAUUCAGGAGGGAUAUGGUCAGAAAACUGCUGUCUUUUUAAAGUGAGAAGCCUGGGAAAAGUGGGACAAUUUGGGGUCUUUGGGGGCCACAUCAGAGGGACCUGCUGGGUGACACAGAUGUCUUGGACAAAACCGAAUCCUUUGAUUUAGGGCAGGAAAAUGGAUAUAUUUUGGACUUUGUCUAUUCCUUGGACAAAUGCAUCCAGACAUGUGGGACAUGCAGGCUGGUGCUGAUGUCUGCAGUGGAUGGUCCCUUACCCUAAGCAGGCACCCCCCAGGUUUUCCUGGCACCAGCAUGGUGUCCCAUCCCCCUGGGAACCCUGCUGCCAAGUGGGAAACGUGCUCACGUUUGAGCCAAAUGGCUGAUGAAAAAUUAAGUUCUAAAUACUUUCCCUUUCUGGAGUCAGUGUAUUUAUUCCAGCCAAGCAGCGACCAUUGUGCACAGCCUGGGACCAGGGGAGGACAGGGACACUCCUGGGAACUGCCCUGUCCCCUUGGCCACGUGUGGCAGUUCCUGCAAUCCGCCCAAGCUCACGUUCCAGCGCCACACACGUCUCCAUGUAGAUAACAUGACCAGUGCCACAUGGCAUGGGCAGGCCUGGGCCUUGGUGGGUGAGGGCAGGGCUUCCUCUGGACAGGGGGAAGUGUCCUGACACAACUGUCCCCUGUCCCUCCUGCUGGACUCCCGUGGGGCACAGGGCCAGGCUGCUGUCCCCUGACCGUGCUCCCAGGGCUCAUCUUGGCUCCAAUGCCUUCAGCACACUUACAAAGUCUCCCUUCUUUUUCUUUUUUUGUAAAUUGUCAGUGUUUUUCCCUCUACGAACCUGUAGCAUCUGGCAGCAGGAAAGUACAGUAGGACUCGCUGGCACUGUGGUGUAGAGCCUCGAAGAAUUCCGUAUUGUGACAACACAUCAAAAUAAAUUGCUGUCAACAGACCAAAACACCAAGUGCUGUGAUUCUGUCUGACGUGUGAAGACUCAGACAGGCUGUCUUGACAAGUUGUGGUGGAGCACCUGCAAUUGGCAGAAGACAGUGAUAUAAAUCUGAUUUGCCUGAUAUGCAGCACCUAGAUAUCGUUAAUGUUGGUGACAAUAACUCUGCAUAACAUUCCCCAGACAUAGAUCUGAUUUUUUGUCUAUUACUUGUGUUGUUUUUUGUCACUCUCUGAUCCGGGCUCUGCCUCUUUUCCCUGCUCAGGGUCUACCUAGGAAUUGCUUGGAAUAAUACACUGUGUUAAGAAAGGUAAUAACAAAUUAAGGUUUAGUUCAGCCUCUUCUUGAGCAGGAAAAGGCAGAGCUUGGCCCAGCUGCUCAAGGCAAAAGAUACACCGUGAAAUUUUAUUUUACACUAAUCAUUAAAACAAUCACAGUGGAAGUUGUAUUAAUUCCCUCACUCACAGCCCAAACAUUUAAAAUAGCAGGUUCAAUGCCAGGAGCUGCAGUAAAUCUUUUCUGAAACGUCUGUGGUUUUAAACUCCUGGAAGAGGAGCAGGAUCGUUGAAUAGGCGGUUAAUUUUUACCUUUCAUUAUCAAUAAAUGGUAAUUCUUUACAGUAGCAGGAUAUAUCACAGCUGGUUUAUGAAGGUGUGAGAUGUACCUUGGCUCUGGAGUUUAAUUACUGGGAGUUAACGCUGUCGUGUCUGCAUCAGCCCUUCCUCAGGCGCUGGUGGGAUGGGUUUCAUCUGGCACGGGCACACAGCAGCCCAUGUGAACUGCAAUUUUCCCCUUUCCCUGUGCAUUUACAGUCCUGGGAUUUGAGACAUUUUCGCAGUCACCAAGGAUCCUGUUUUGGCGGUACUCUGGGUUUGGGGCUGGAGCAUCCCCGGAGCCGCAGUCCGGGCUGGGCCGCGUGUGCCGGGCAGGUCCUGGCACAGGGCCGGUCGGGGCUGGCGUGGGGACGUGCCAGGGCUCGGGGCAGCCAGCAGGGCUGCAGGCACACACGAGCAGAGGAGGACACUGACCUGGGGCACUCUGGAGGGCUGCAGAGCUCUGGUCUCAGGGCUUGUUUCUGCCAAACGUUCAGGAACUCCUCUGGCAGCAAACUUGGGCGAUGUCACCGUCCGGGCCGAGGGGCUGCAAGAGCAGAAAAGAGGUUUUUGAAAUUACCAUUCAUUCUUGUCUGUAUUGUUAUUUUAUCCCUUAAAGGCUGCUAAUGAGAAAUAGAGCCUCAUUAUGAUUUUAAGGAUGAGAGAGGAAGGCUUUUAAUUAAUGAUAUGUAAAUGGUCUUGAAUUGAUUAUGUUAGAAUAUCAAGAGAGAUGGGUAGAAGCUGUGGUGUAAUAUAUUUUAAUUAAGAAUUAAUUAAAAAUGAUGGCAAUUUCAUAAAGCCUCACAGAAAAUAGUGGAAUUUACUUUCUGUCAGGAGUAAAUUAGCCAGUGAUUAAAUAAAGGGCCUGCAUUAAUAGUGGAGUUAUUUUUAAACUGUGCUAUGAAGAAUUGUGUAAUUUUCCCUAAAUAAGUAAAAUAAAAAUGUAAUGUUUGCAAACAAGUUUUAGAAAUGACAGAAGAAUGAAAACUUAGUUUUCUGCCCUCCUCUUGCUACGAUCCUUUGGAGAGUGGCUUGCAGGGGCUGCUGGAGGGUAUGAUGUGUGGUUCUGUGAUGGGCACAGCAGGAGGGACCUGCCUCAGGUACCCCCAGAGCUGCUGCUGCUCUGCCCAGCACCCCCAGCCCCAGGGUCCCCGCUGUGGAGGCUCCGCAGUGCUCACACACAUCUCUGGGUGUGCUGCUGGGAGUGCUCUGUGCUGGAGCAUGGCUUCAGCUGCCUCUGCUGCUCCUGUGCUUGGAACCAUCCAGUGCCUCCAUGGCCGUGGCUGUGCCCAGGCUUGGGCUCCCAUUCCCUGGGGAUGGGAGCUCCUGGGUGGGAGCAGACCCUGCAGGUCACUGGGGCAGUGCUGGCAUCCUCAGCAGCCGUGAAGGACCCCAGGUGCCAUGGCUGUCCCUUUGGGGUGAGCAGGGAAGUGUCCCCGAACCUUCCAUCUUCAAACACCUCUGGAAAUCUCAGCUGGGCUUUCCUGCCCCCAGCACCACCCCUGGCCAGGGGAACCACCCACCCCUGCCCUGUGCAGGUGGCACAGUGAGGCUGGCACAGUGGGGACAGCUGCUCUGCUCUCGGGGAGCCAUGGGGGGACCCCUGCACCUCAGCCCUCUGUGGGCAGGUGCUGGGGCUGCCGCUCUGGCCGAGGGAAGGUCAGCCCCCGGGGUUUGCCAGGCGUGUGGCCCAUCUCCAGGACACAUCUCCUGGGCAUGGGGAGCUGCUGCACACCUGGGAACACACCAGGCUGCUUGUGAAAACCCUGCAGGGGUUUCCGUGGGUCUGGGAAGGCCCCGGGCUGGGGCAGUGCUCCCGUGCUGGCGUGUUCCACGAGUUCCAUGGCCUGGCACAUGCCCUGCUGUAAAUGGGCUUUAUGCACUUGUUUAGGCUGCUGCUCACUAAAGAGCAUUGCCAUGGCAACUGCUCCGUCACAUGCUGUACACUCAUGCUGUUGCCCAGAUAAAGAGCACAUUUUAAAGCAGCAUAUUCUUAAUGUCGAUGUCCUAAAAUGCAAUUUUUGAUGAUUAUUAUUAUUUUUCUGGGAGAAUAUUUGUGAUAAGCGACCAUGUCUCCUCAGUGUCUCUUAACUCCUUUUACUACUACUCUGCUGGCGGAGGACCGUGUGUCUGCUGUAAUUUCUUUUUCAUUUGUAGAUUUCCACACAGACGUCAUUAAAUAUUUGUUAGUUCAAUCACAGUGUGGGGCCUGGUGGCAAUGGGGUGUGGGUGGUUUUGUGGGGUUCAGCAGAGCGGGGCUCUGUGCUGCUCCCAGCAUGGUGGUGGCCAGUGCCCGACACGGGAACCUGCAACUGUGCCUGUCCCAGCCUGCAGGAGAGAGGGGCCUGUGCAGGUGGCACGGCCACACAGCCCAGAGGGACAUGUCCCACAGGA